AUGUUCGACGCCGAGACAUUUGCAGAAUCUUUGCCCAGCCGUGAUCCCGAAUUGGUUCUCGUUUUGCAAGCCCUAUGCUUUCGGUUUCCACCACAAUCGUUGAACACAGAAUCCCGUCAACAGUUGAUCGCCAUGGCCCGGACGUCACGACAGCUUGUGAUGGAGAAGGUCUUUGCAAGCCAAGUCGAUUGUUCUGUGUUACAGACUUUAUGUCUUCUCAGCCUUUUCGAGUUUACAGAGGGAAAUGUUGCUCAGGCUGGCUUACACCUUGGUAUGGCAAUACAGUUCAUGCGUGGUAUCCCCAAAGGGAACGCUCUCGGUGAUAGCGCCGAGUUCAACAAUUGUCUUCGAAGCAUCUUUGUGCUCUACCAUUUGCAGGGCAGUGUCUCUACAGGCGUGUGGCUUACAAGUCUUUCUGAAGGAGAUGGCCUCGUGACAAACUCAUGGUCGGGUUCGGAAUGGUUGACUCCACCCGACAACGCGAUCCCAAGUGAGAUGGAUACAGGCAUCAUGAAGUACACCACGCCUCUUGCGCAAGUAUGGAGAGAAGCAAGAAUAUACGCAUCCUGUCGUGUCUUCUCCGGUAUGCUACCUCCCUGGAACCCUCGAUCAGAUUACUCCCAGGUUGCAUAUCGCCAUCUCGAAGUCGAUUGCAGCGUACCACUGAAGUAUAGGUUUUCUGCUAGUCGGAUUGUAGAGCAAACACCAGAGUCUCUACAGCAAAAUCGAGGUCACUGGGGCCCCUACUUAUUCACACAGUUUGUCUACGCCUCUAUCCCUGUUAUUCUGAACCACCCGUUUCUCUUGUCAAUGCGACUACGAAACUUCCGAAGUACCAUGCCGCACUCGUUCAUCAACAGCUCAUUUGAUGCAAUUACCCGCCAUAUCGGCUGGAUUAUGUAUCAUCUUGAACUCAUGAAUAGGAUGGCUUACCAGAUAUCCGAUCCAACAUUAGCACACAUCGUGGUCAUCGUUGCCACAAUACAUCUUCAACACAGUUUUGUGGACGACUCGGAAUUGCGCGAAAAGGCCCAGUCGGGCUUUGCAAAAUGUCUGGAAUUUCUUCAGCGCAUGGGUUCCAUGUGGCCCAGUGUGUCUGUGAUGCACGAAAAUCUGCAGAAACUACAGCAGAGUAUUCAAGUGAUUCCUGUACCUUCUGAGGAACCUGGGAUGUCUGGGACUCCGCAUCAAAAGUUCACAAUCGACACUAGAAUACUUUGGGACUUACUCUCCUACGAACAAGCAGGUCGAUCAGAUGCACACACUGACCAGUCCAUGUUCAGCGGCUUAUCAUCUACGAAUCUGGAUAUCGGAAGCAACGGCACUGAGUCUGGAGUUGGUUAUGACUUGGUUGGUUCUGCUGGCAUCAUUGGACACAAGACUGUUCCCAAGGAUACACCCAUUUAUGCCCCAGGUGAAGGUGAGUUGAACGUGGUAGAGAACAACCGCUCAGACUGUGGUCUAAUCUUGGUAGAAACGUUGCAACAGAAUAUCCGGGAUGGUUUUGGAUCUGUGGGCCCACAACAGAACAUCUUUCCGCAGGCACACGAUUUUGGUAGGGCUAUUGAUGAGUGGUUGAGCCUCGACUGGGGAAGUUCGAUGUUCUCAUUGCAGGGUUCAUAA